GCGCGGUGCCAGUCGCGGCCGCGGGAGCCCGAGCCAUGCGCGCCGCGGGGCCGGGGGCGCGCGCGGGGCGGGCGCUGCUGCUGCUCUGGGCCGCGGCCGGGCUGUGCGCCGCCGCCUCGCCCCCCGCCCCGCCGCUCUUCAACGUGAGCCUGGACGCGGCGCCCGCGCUGCGCUGGCUGCCCGUGCUGCGGCGCUUCGACCUGGACUUCUUGCGCUCGGCGAUGGCGCACAUCCUCGGGAAUAAGGUCCCCAAGUGGGUCCACGCGUGGGUCGGGAAGUUGGUGGAGCAGCUGGAGCCCUUCCUGCCGCAGCCCUUCGCCGACGAGAUCCGCGGCCUGUGCGAGGUCCUCGACUACAGCCUGGCCGACUGUCUGCUGCUCAACCUGGUGUACGAGUCCACCGCAUUUUGCACCAGUAUUGUGGCUCAAGAUUCCAGAGGCCACAUUUACCACGGCCGGAAUCUGGAUUAUCCUUUCGGAAAUUUCUUACGCAAGUUGACCGUGGAUGUGCAGUUCUUAAGGAACGGGCAGGUGGCCUUCACAGGAACCACGUUCCUCGGCUACGUAGGAGUGUGGACCGGCCAGAGUCCAUACAAGUUUACAGUUUCUGGCGAUGAACGAGACAAAGGCUGGUGGUGGGAGAACGCGAUCGCCGCUCUCUUGCAGAGACACUACCCGGUCAGCUGGCUUAUCCGCGCUACCCUGAGUGAGUCGGAAAACUUCGAAGAAGCUGUGGUUAAACUGGCUAAGACACCUCUGAUCGCUGAUGUCUAUUAUAUCGUCGGGGGCACGUCCCCGCGGGAGGGAGUGGUCAUCACGAGGAACAGAAACGGCCCAGCAGACAUUUGGCCUCUGGAUCCUUUAAAUGGAGCGUGGUUCCGGGUUGAGACAAAUUACGACCACUGGAAGCCAGUACCCAGGCAGGACGACCGGAGAACGCCUGCCAUCAAAGCCCUCAAUGCCACUGGCCAGGCCAACCUCAGCCUGGAGAAGCUCUUCCAGGUUUUGUCAGUGUUUCCGGUUUAUAACAACUACACAGUUUAUACGACAGUCAUGAGCGCUGCCAGCCCGGAGAGGUACAUGACGAGGAUCAGAAACCUGGGUUAAAUGUACAUGAUUCCUUAAAAAUGAAGUUCCGGAAGAGCUGUGCUUUAAAAAACAAAACAAAGCGGGAGGAUUGAAUCAUUUUAGGGACGACGCAGGUUCCUUCCUCAUUAAGCUGUUGGGGCGUGGGAAGCGAGGGCAGGAGGACGACCGCGGGCGCGUGGGGGGUGGGGCGCCUGCGUGCGCUCCCUUCCUCGCUUGCCUGGACCCGCUCUAAAUGCUGUCUCUGCCGACUCCAGCAACUCAAAGGUAAUCGGUCGCAGAGGUCAAGCCGCUUCUCCCCGCAACAUGUAGCAAUGUUGUCCGACCUCAGCUGAUGGAGAAACGAGCUGGCCAGGCCUCUUUGUUCAUUAUGCAGUGCUUCUGGAAGAGUCUGCGAGAAAAAGGUCCUUCUGGGAAGUGGAGAACUGUAGCUUGGAUAGAGGCUGUCUGAGUGUCUGUUAGUCUGAGCUUUGCUCCUGGGUUUCCCUGGGGUGGGAUUCUCACUUUGCAGAAUGUGUCUAACGUUUCUUUGUCAAAACCAAUGGGCCUCGUUUUUCUAAAUAGCUAUUUUCUUACUGCUUUUUGAAAACAAUGUAAGAUGUCGGGAGGGUGAAUAAACACUUUUCCAAGACA